UAAGUCAAUAUUCGUGUAACCGUCCCAUUGUAAUUUGAGUUAUCAAAUCGGAAAAUAUGCGCACCAACGCUCAACUCUUCUUCACAGCAGCGACGCUUAUUGUUUGUGGCACACCUGUCGUCUAUGCCUUCAGCAACGCCGCCAAGCUCAACUGCGGCGCCAGCACUGCCGCAAAGCACAUUCAUCUGACGCAGCCGGAGACUCCCCCACAAGAAUGCAACUAUCGCAUUAACGCCUACAACAACAAUAUUUGUCAGCUACGCAUCGAUUUCUCGCUGACACUCGCACAGCCCAGCAUACCCGACGCGCAGAACGGUUUAUGGUACGUGCAAUGCAUGAAAGACUACUUCGCCGUGAACGGGUUAAAGCUUUGCGGAACUGAGGUCGGACAACAUAUUUAUGUGCCUUUCAAUCGCACUGCCGGCGUCGAAAGCAUCGAUUUAAGUAUAGUUACUGCGCCGCGUUCGGGCGACGGAAAACUGGCAGCGCCACGCUGGAAUAUGCACAUAAGGCAAUUGGAGUAUCCAUCAAAGUCAGCAUUACGUGGUACUAUCGAUUCUCUUGAGGUGGAGGAGAAUGAUAAUGAGCACCUUGAAAGCGAUAUAGGCCCACGAGCUAGCGUCGCUGACAAUUACCUACUUGCACCACCUGGUUGCUUGCAAUACUUUCCAGAAGCCGUUGGCACUAUCACUUCGUUCAAUUAUAAUGGCGGUUCGGGUGUUUAUCCGGCGAAUCUAAAUUAUGCUAUCUGCUUCCGCCGUCAACAGUCGUCGAAAUCGCUCGAAAUUAAGAUGCGCUACUUCAGGUUGGGCGCCGAAUACAGCCGCCAGAAAUUUCACGAAUUGGACAAUUAUUGCCGACCACAAUUGCGUAGCGAGGGCUUAAGUGAAGAUUAUUUACUGAUACCCCAAGCGACUGUUGUGGAAAGCAAUAUACGCGCAACAUAUUUCUGUGGCAGCAGCAUUCAGGGUGACACAGUAGCAAGCACCAACCCAGGACCACUAGUGCUGAUUUUCAACAGUGAUGGCAAUUACAAAGCUGGACAGGAAGUUGGGUACGCUUUAAGCUACAAAGUUGUGUAA